UCUUUUCUCUCAUGUGAUCUGGUUCAUCACUUCACCAUUCAUAACUGAAAUGAUGAUAGGGGCUUGUUAAAUGAAAAGCUGAAUUUCAAUGUAAUGUUUUAUUUAUAUAAUAAUGACUAUUUGGCAGACCUAAAAUACACUGAAAAUGGGCCUACAUUUAUUCUUAACAUAAUUGCAAUAUUUGAGAUAUAAACUUCAGUUCACUGAAAUGUAAACUCAAACACAAUCUGUAAACAUGUUAAAAAUGCAUCUAAAACAGGGACUUCGUCAAUCCUCCAAGAUUGUAAAGAGAGCUGACGUAUUAACGUAUGUUUGUGGACACUUGAUGGCAGACAGCAAAGUUUUUCCCUGAUUUUUCUGAUCUGCUUUUGAGUGAUACCCCAGAACCUGACAAACUUGUUGGCUGGUUGCAUGUACCUGUUGCAUUUUGGGAUAUACAAGGAGCGACAAGCUGUGACCAGCUUUUGACCAACACGCCUGUCAAGGUCCAGUCCAAGAAGUCCAUAACCACAGAAGACCAACACGCCUGUCAAGGUCCAGUCCAAGAAGUCCAUAACCACAGAAGUAGCAUUGGAGACGAUGGCUGUAAACAUCCCAGGGCUGAUAGCUGUAGCUGUGUUUUAUAUGAUCAUUCUGGCAAUUGGAAUAUGGGCAUCCCGAAAGUCCAAGCAAGUGGAGAAGAAAAGCAGUGGGACAGGGACAGAAGUCACCUUGGUCGCUGGUCGAAAUAUAAAUAUCUUUGUGGGAAUAUUCACAAUGACAGCUACCUGGGUUGGAGGAGCCUACAUCCUUGGAACAUCUGCUGCUGUCUACAACCCUAAAAAAGGCUUGAUUUGGGCUUUAAUGCCUCUGGAUUUUGCACUUAAUUUUUUAUUAGCUGGAUUUUUCUUUGCUAAACCAUUGAGGGGAAAGGGGUAUGUAACUAUGAUGGAUCCCUUUCAGCUGAAAUACGGGGACGGUCUGACCUGUACUCUCCUGAUUCCUGCGCUGAUUGGUGAUUUGCUGUGGGUAGCAUGCAUAAUGGCGGGUUUAGGAGGAACCAUAAGCAUGAUUCUGGAUUUCUCGUCUUUCUACUCGAUAUGCAUCUCAGCUGCUGUGGCUAUAAUCUAUACGAUUCUUGGAGGAAUGUUCUCUGUGGCGUACACUGAUAUAAUACAGCUGGUGUUCAUCUUUGUUAGUAUGUGGAUGUGUGUUCCAUUCCUGAUGGUAAAUCCUGCAUCCACUGACAUCACGCUCACAGCUUUCAAUGGGACUUUUCAAGCUCCUUGGGUGGGAACACUGGAGCCAGAGGAUUUGGGGCUGUGGAUAGAUGAAUUCCUGGUUUUGAGUCUUGGAGGUCUGUCCUAUCAAGCCAUGCAUCAGAGAAUUCUGUCAGCAUCAUCGGUCAGAGAUGCCCAGGUCAUAUGUUUUGCUGCAGCAGGUUUUUCAUUCAUCAUGGGCAUUCCUUCAUUACUUGCCGGGGCAGUGGCUGCAUCGACAGACUGGAACAUGACCAGUUAUGGUUUGCCCUCCCCCUAUGACCGUGGUGAAGCAGGUAAUAUUCUCCCAAUAGCUCUGCAGCACCUCACUCCCAACCUUGUCUCCAUCUUGGGGAUCGGGGCUAUAGCAGCCGCAGUGAUGUCAUCCAUGGACUCUUGUCUCCUGGCCUCUGCUUCCUUAUUUAGCAAAAACAUCUACAAAACCAUAAUUAGAAAGCAGGCUUCUGACAGAGAGCUGCAGUGGGUGAUCAAGAUCUCAGUGACAGUGGUUGGGCUGGUAGGCAUGGGGCUGGCCUUCAUAGAGGAUAGUGUGCUGCCAUUGUGGAUCCUCAGUACUGAUGUGCUGUACACUGUGAUUCUGCCCCAGCUUGUCUGUGUUCUCUUCUUCCCUGUCUCCAACGGUUACGGUGCUACAGGCGGUUACAUCGUGGGAGUGGUGCUGAGAGUGCUGAGCGGGGAACCUCUGCUCCAUCUGCCCCCUGCCAUCCACUUCCCCGGGUGCAGGCUAAUCGACGGCGUCUAUGUCCAGUACUUCCCCUACCGAAGUCUGACAAUGCUGAUCGCCCUUUGCUCCAUUCUUCUGAUUUCCUAUGUGACAACUCUGCUGUUUGAAAGAGGCCUUCUGUCAAAGAGGUGGGAUUUAAGCCAGCUUGGGACUGAUGACCAUGCACCUGACGGCUGUGAUAAAGUAAAAGCUUACACUGACAACAACCAGCCUACAGCUUCAGAUCAACUGCUUGACACAAAAUGUUAGAGCAGGUGUUUUUUUUUAAUGCAUAUCAUCAUUCUAUUGAUGCUCUUCAGUGAAAAUUCCACUAAAUUAUUUAAUGGGCUAGGUCAUAUUAGAAAAACUCUAAAAAAGGAACAUUUUUCAUCAUUUUAGCUCAUUGUUUUUCCAUUUUUGUUUGUUGUUAUUUGUUUCUAUGCAAAUUCUGUUCUCAAUCCAGUACCAUUAGAAUACAUUUUAAUAAGAUUUCAUAUUUAUGAAGUAUAAUACUGUAUGUACAUCAACUUCCAUUGCCAUUCAUGAAACAUUAAAACAAGAAACUAGAAUUGAAGUUCAACAUAAAUUCUUUUGAGCCAAAACCACUUCGACAAGUCCAACAACUGGAAACCCAGCUCCAACUGCCCAACUGCUUCUUUUCAGUAUUAACACAUCUCAGUGAAAACCAAUUUCAUUCAUUGUUUGAGGUAAUUGAAAUGAUUUCAUUGAAGACACUGCAAUAUGCUCUUUGCUUAACACAAGCGGUGGAGAAGUGGACCCAAUUGCAGAGUAACACAGGAAACUCAGGAAGUAUAAAAAAAACUCUAAAGAUUUUUCUUAUUUACAAGAAAAAUUCAAAACAACCGGGAGGUAUAGGACUUGGAAACAAACAUAAUAAACAGCAGGGAACACAAGAAACUAGAGAACACUAAGGUUGCUCUGUCAGUUAGCAUGUGACUAGCUUAGCUGCGGUUUAGAACAGAUUCAGCUAAACCAGUGCUUUCAGGGGUUUAGCACACAGCCGUGUGCUAAUUUUAACUGAUUGCACUGUCAAAACAAGCAUGGGUUUUGAACCACAGUUAAACUGCAGUUAAACUGGAUAUACUAUGAAGUGACCUUCAGAUCUGCCUAAAAGGACCAUGUAAACAUAGAGUGUACAUUGGAACUGGAGAAUGUAAGUGGGGCCAGGCGGUGAAGCCUAGGAAGCGAAUGGAAACCUCUACUGCGCAUGCUGAGUGCAAAAGCACUUGCUGCCCAUUGAAUUCAAUGUACAAAACCAAGGUGAUUUGACUGCCAAAGAAAGCAUCAUCAGGCAAUUCUUUUUGAUCACAAAUUUCAUUGUGUAGUAGUUUUGUUCCAGAAGUCCUGGGAGAAUAUUAAAAUGUACAUAUUUUCUU